UCUCACGACAACCUUCUCUUGUCACUUCUCUUUUAUCUAUCCUCUCUCCAUCUUCAAAAUCUAUAUCUCUCGUAUUUCUUGGAGACAUCCUUCUCUGUAUCUGUUCUUCACAUAAUUAAUUCUAUCUUUUGAGAUAAACCAUAUAACUUCUCAUUCCAGUUUAUCUGCGAAUCAGCUGAUCUGGUGUAUUCGAAGAACCCCCUCGAAAUCAGAACUUCUUUUUGCUUUUUGUCGUUUCCAAUAGAUUUCCCUGGAAAGUAGUCCAAAGGAAGUCACCCAAAAAGGUCUUUUUUUUUCCAGGAUACCACAAAUCUUUAAAAUUUACCUUCAACAGAUUUAAGAAGAUAGUUCACCACCCUGAGAUUCUGGAUCGUUUUCAUCUAUUUCAGGUGAAUUCCAGUGCAUCGACCACAAUGAAGUCCUAAGCUCGGAACUGACCGUUUUGCCCUUAAAUAUCACCGUAAAUGACGAGAAGACCAGGCCUCCGAGGCGGCAUGCUCGCCACCGUGGCCGCCACGAUUCUCCUCUCAAUUUUCCCGCCAAAUGUCGAAUCGACCGUUGAGAAGCAAGCUCUGCUUCGCUUCAAAAACCGCCUCGAAGACCCUCACGGCGUUCUCCGAUCUUGGAAACCCUCGGACUCUCCCUGCGGAUUUCGCGGCGUCACGUGCGACCUGUUCUCCGGCGAAGUCACCGGUAUCUCUCUGGGGAACGCUAAUCUCUCGGGUUCCAUUUCUCCGGCGAUCUCGGCUCUCACAAAGCUCUCUACGCUUUCGCUUCCCUAUAAUAUCAUCACCGGCAAAAUCCCGCCGGAGAUAGUCAACUGCACAAACCUUAGAGUCCUCAAUCUCACCUCCAAUCGACUCUCCGGGACGGUCCCCGACUUUUCCUCACUGAAAAACCUAGAAAUCCUCGACAUCUCCGUGAAUUUCCUCAACGGAGAGAUUCCGAGUUGGGUUGGGAAUCUGACUCGGUUGGUUUCACUCGGUCUCGGCAACAAUGCCUACGAAGAAGGUGAGAUUCCAAAGAGUAUUGGGGGUUUGAAGAAACUGACUUGGCUUUACUUAGCUCGCUCCAACUUAAGCGGUCAGAUCCCAGAAUCGAUCUUCGAUCUACAUUCUCUCGACACUUUCGACGUCGCGACAAACGCAAUCUCAGGCGAUUUCCCGAUAUCGAUCACUAGAUUGGUGAAUCUCACCAAGAUUGAGUUGUACGACAACAGAUUCACCGGUAAAAUCCCACCGGAGAUCAGAAACCUUGUUCGAUUACGAGAGCUGGAUGUUUCCAUGAAUCAAUUGAGUGGUGUAUUACCUCGAGAAAUCGGGAAUCUCAAGGAUCUCAGGGUUUUUCACUGCAACCAAAACAAUUUCUCCGGCCAAUUUCCCUCUGGUUUCGGAGAAUUGCGUUUCCUCGCUUCGUUGUCGAUCUACAGAAACAACUUCUCCGGUGAAUUUCCGGCGAAUAUUGGCCGGUUCUCGCCGCUGGACACGGUUGAUAUAUCUGAGAACGGGUUUACAGGUCCAUUUCCUGGUUUCUUAUGCCGAAACAAUAAACUACGAUUCUUGCUCGCCCUGCAGAAUGACUUUUCCGGCGAGAUUCCGGGGUCCUACGCCGACUGCAAAUCACUCUUGAGGCUCAGGAUUAACCAGAAUCGUUUAACUGGCCAUGUUGCUGAAGGUUUCUGGGCUCUGCCACUUGCUAAGAUGAUCGAUCUCAGCGAUAACAGUCUCACCGGAGAGAUUUCUUCUCAUAUCGGACUUUCAACGGAGCUAAACCAGCUAAUUUUGCAGAACAACAGAUUUUCCGGUAAGAUUCCUCUUGAAAUCGGAAAACUGACAAAUAUAGAGAGGAUUUAUCUGAGCAACAACAGUCUUUCCGGCGAAAUCCCGACGGAACUUGGAUAUUUGAAACAGUUAUCUUCUCUGCAUCUUGAAAACAACUCAUUAACAGGCUAUUUCCCCGUCGGAUUGACAAACUGUGUCAGACUUGUCGAUCUGAAUCUUGCCAAGAACUCUUUGACCGGAGAAAUCCCCAAUAGUUUAUCUCAGAUCACUUCUUUAAACUCGCUAGACCUUUCAGGCAACGGGCUAACAGGGCAAAUCCCGACCAAUCUUGUAAAGCUGAAGCUGAGUUUCAUAGAUUUGUCUGAGAAUCAACUUUCAGGAAGAAUACCACCUGAUCUCUUAGCGGUGGGAGGAUCCACCGCGUUCUCACACAACGAGAAGCUCUGCGUCGACGAUCAUAACGCCAAAACAAGCGAGAAACCCGCUCUGAGCUUAUGCAGUGGCGACCAACGCGUGAGGAAGAGCCGAUCACUCGACGGAACUCUCUUGUUCUUGGCUCUUGCAAUAGCUCUUGUAGUGCUCGUGACUGGUCUGUUCGCUCUGCGUUACAGAGUUGCCAAGAUACGCGAGCUUGACUCGGAAAACGGAGAUGUCAACAAGGAGGAUGCGAAAUGGAAAAUAGCGUCUUUCCAUCAAAUGGAGUUGGACGCUGAGGAGAUUUGCAGGUUGGAUGAAGGGCACGUGAUCGGAGCUGGUGGUGCGGGAAAAGUGUACCGGGUUGAUCUGAAAAAGGGCGGUGGGACAGUGGCGGUUAAGUGGUUGAGGAGAGGAGAAGAAGAGGUCAACGGAACAGAGGUCUCUUUUGCAGAAAUGGAGAUUCUUGGGAAGAUUAGACAUAGAAACGUGUUGAAGCUCUACGCUUGCUUAGUCGGAAGAGGUUCUAGCUAUUUGGUGUUUGAGUUCAUGGAGAAUGGGAACUUGUAUCAGGCUCUUCGACGGAAUAUUAAAGGCGGAUUACCGGAAUUGGAUUGGCAAAAGAGGUAUAAAAUCGCGGUGGGAGCUGCUAAAGGAAUCGCAUAUUUGCAUCAUGAUUGUAGUCCUCCGAUCAUUCAUAGAGAUAUAAAGUCAAGCAACAUUUUGCUUGACGGAGAUUUUGAGUCGAAAAUAGCAGAUUUUGGAGUUGCGAAAGUUGCAGACAAGGGAUAUGAAUGGAGUUGUGUUGCUGGUACUCAUGGAUAUAUGGCUCCUGAGCUUGCUUACUCCUUCAAGGCGACGGAGAAGAGUGACGUGUACAGCUUCGGAGUGGUUCUUCUGGAGCUAGUGACCGGUCUUCGGCCGAUGGAAGACCGGUUUGGAGAGGGCAAAGACAUUGUUGACUAUGUCUUCUCUCAGAUUCAACAAGAUCGAAGGAACCUUAGGAACGUCUUAGACAAGCAAGUUUUGUCGUCUUACGUAGAAGAAAGCAUGAUCAAGGUUCUGAAAAUGGGUCUUCUCUGCGUUACGAAGCUCCCGAAUCUCAGACCAAGCAUGAGAGAGGUCGUGAGAAAGCUUGACGACGCUGAUCCAUGCGUAUCCAAUUCUGUAGACAGAACUGGAAAGAUUACAGUAUAGGUUAGUGAGUCUAUAACCGGGUAUGUAGAUUACCUGUUUUGGUCAAGACUAGUCAUAAAAAUGUUUGAAUGUU